AUGAGUUUGCACGGCUCGCAAACGGGACUCAAUCGGCGGCUGUCGGAGCGUCGCGUCGUGCCUGCCGACUUCUCAGCCCGCAGCGAUGGCCAGGUGGAAACUUACCUGCCCUUACAACAGCACUAUGGGGGAGCCGGAGGGCCAGUUCUGGCCGGAACCCAGAUGUACGCGACGGUGGGAGGCAGAAACGAGAUCUACCACACCAGCACCAAACACCGCUCCGUGUAUAACCCCAGGACCUCCCGCGUCUUGGAUGUGGGCGAUCAAGCUCAGUACAUCAGUGGGGAUGCAGUGAGGAACCGCCAGGAUAUGUACCUUAGACUGGCAGAGAGCUGUGCAAGUAAACUUACCGAAACAGAGAAGAUGCUGCAACAGGAUUUGAAUGCUUUUGAUCAUGGUUACGUUGGGAGAUACAGACUCCAGAUUGAUGGAUUGUUAAAAAGUGCUGGCGAUGAUCUAGCAAACAUUGAAGACAAUAUUGAAGAAUUACAGCAACUUGGGAUUUACAAUAAAGCACUGCAAUCUAGUGUGUUUCGUCUCCGAAGUCAGAUGCGUGCUAUUGCGAAAACUAUUUCUGAUCGCUGGUCAGAACGUACCAAGUCAGUGUAUAACUUCAACCAGAGAUUGUCAGAUUCCUGGGAUGAAGAGCUUUCAAGGUCGACCACUGAGCUAUUUAGCUGGAUAAGGCAGCAAAAGCUUAAUUUAGACUCUCAAGAAUGGGGUGUGGAUGCUGCCUCCGUAGAGCUGCAGAUCAGUAAUCACAGAAAGUACCACAAGAGCCUUGAAGAUGCUCGCUGGAAAAUAGAAAAAAUGAAAUCAGAGCAGCAUGACAACCAUUCUAACAACUACAGGGAUGCCAUUGAAGCAAUAGAAAAUGAAUACGAAACAAUGUUGAAAGCUUCAGCGGAUAGACUUGAUCAAAUGAGAAAGUUUCAGGACAUCAUUCAAGCCACCUCCAAUGAGAUUAUGUGGAUUAAUGACCGCGAGGAAGAAGAACUUGUCUACGAUUGGAGUGACAAGAAUACUGACAUGUCUCAGAAGCAAGAAGCGUUCUCGGUGUUGAUGAGCCAGUUGGAAGAUAAAGAAAAGCAGUUAAACAGACUCAAACAAGAUGGUGACCAGCAAGUAGCAAAUAAGCAUCCUGCAUCUGACAAAAUUGAGGCAUACAUUGAUACUUUGCAAACCCAAUGGAGUUGGAUUCUUCAGCUUACUAGAUGCAUUGAGGUUCAUCUGAAGGAGAAUUCCAAUUACUUUCAGUUUUUUGAGGAUGCGCAAGUAACUGAAAACUCUCUGAAGAAAAUGCAGGAUUCCCUAAGACAGAAAUAUGUUUGUGACAGGUCAACAACGCUGCCGCAAUUGGAGAAGAUGAUUGUAGAAGCUGAGAAAGAUAAGGAGAAAAUCCAUGACUACAAAAGACAAGUGUCAAACUUGGUCAACAAGUCAAAGAAGAUAGUGCAGUUAAAACCACGCAAUCCAACUACUAGUAUCGACAAACGGGGUCCAAACCGAGUCAUUCUCAAGGCUCUUUGUGACUACAAACAGGAUCAGAGAGUGGUCCAUAGAGGAAAUGAAUGCAUUUUACUGGAUAACACACAACGCAGCAAGUGGAGGGUGAUUGGACCAGGAGGAAUGGAAAUGGAAGUUCCAUCUGUUUGUCUUCUUAUUCCACCUCCAAACCCUGGUGCAAUUGAUCUUGCAAGCAAGAUUGAUCAGUACUAUGAGGCUAUCCUUGCUCUGUGGAAUCAGCUGUACAUUAACAUGAAGAGCUUGGUGUCCUGGCAAUAUUGCAUGAUAGAUAUUGAGAAGAUACAGAGUUGGACCAUAUCUGUGUUACGGACAAUGUCUCGGGACGAUUAUGAGUUGGUCCUGAAAAGCUUGGAAAAGAACUUUAAAGCUUUCCAGACAUUCAGCCAGGAUUCCCAACACUUCACUGAUGCAGACAAGCAUAAGCUGCAGAAACAAUUUAGCUCUAGCAAGAAGCAUUAUGUGAGCAUGGUAACCACUUUGGAGGAAGAGAGAAUUAAUGGCCAAGAUCAAUCGCGGGUGGUAAUUCUGCCGCAACACGCCGUGCCAAUACAACAAGCACCAUCACCAGCAAGGAUGGACUUGAAUUUCCAGCAGGAACUCCAGAAGAUACGUUAUCGUUUGGAGAUGAAUGAAAACAAAAUGAUGGAAAAAAUACAUCUCCUCAUUGAUUCAAAUGCACAGGAAGAGCUUGCACAGAGGAUAUCUGAGUUAGAGCUUUUGCAAGAUCAGUUGAAUACAAUUGACGAUGACUUUAUCAGCCUUCAGAGUAGAUGGUAUCAAUCACCAAGUGCAUCAAGCAAUCAGAAAGCAUAUUUUGAAACCGAAUUUAGCCGAAUAAGCCAAAGAUUGAAGAAUGGCAGUGACUUUUCCUUGGCAUAUUCAGAGAGAAUGAAAGCAUUGAGGUUACUCUUCCAAAAUAUUCUUGAAGUGGAGGAUCUGAUAAAAGUUUAUGAAGCAAGGCUAACAGAAGAGGAGACUGUCCCAAUGAGUUUGGAGAAAAUAGAAUUCUACAGAGACGGUCUAAGGAAAAUGAAAAUGGAACUGGAUCAGAAGAAGAAUUUGUUGACAUCGAUGCAGCAAAAUAUGCAGCAAUCGUUCCAUAUCAAUGACAACAUAAUGCCAUCUUUCUACAAGUGUGAUAUAGACCUUACAAAGUACAACGAGAAAGUAACACAGCUGUCCGACAGGUGGCAGAGGAUCUACAAAGAAAUUGACAGCAGGUACUCUGAUUUAGACAAAGAACGUAAACAGCUCAGAGACUAUGGAGAUCUGUUCCAGAAGCUUAGUAAGUGGAUUGACGUAACAAAACGCAAACAGGAUGGGUUGCAAAUCAACAGAUGUGAGGAUACAAAUGUCCUUCUGCAGCAGCUAAAUGAACAAAAGAACUUGCACUCAGAAAUAAAGAAUAAACGAAGUGAUGUUGAAGAGUACCAAAAACAUGCAGACCACUGUGCAACAUCUGUAAAGGAUUAUGAGCUACAGUUAGCAUCAUAUAGCGCUGGCCUGGAAACACUGCGGAAUAUUCCAGUCAAGAGACAAGUGGCACAAUCAAUUUCCUCUACAAUUCUUCAUGAGUCUGCAGAUCUGCAGUCUCGUUACAUAGAACUGCUUACACGGUCCGGUGACUACUACAAGUACCUAAGUGAGAUGUUGAAGAGCAUGGAAGAAGCAAAGAUAAAAAACACAAAAAUUGAGCUUUUGGAAGAGGCACUUAAAAAUGCCCAAGAUGAGAAUGCUGAUAGUAUGCACCAGAAGAAGUAUCUUGAUCAACAUUUAAGCCAGGUUCAGAGUGAGUACGCAGACUUCCGGAAAAAGAUAAUUCUCCUAGAGGAGCAGAAGAGAAAUGCUGAAGUAGACCGAGAUGCCACAAAACAGAAUCUAGAUGCACAACUUAUCAAAAUGAAGGAAAUCAAUGAGAAGAUCACAAGAUUGACGUUUGAAAUUGAUGAGGAAAAAAGGAGGAGAAAAUUAACUGAAACCCAAUGUGCCGAGCAAAAGGAUGAAUAUGACAGUAUUUUCCGACUGAAGCAGAAGGAGCUUGAUGAGGCUCACUGGCUCAAAUUGGAGCUUGAGAAAUCGAUCAAAGACAAAGAAAAAGAGAUGGAAAGGCUUAGGGGUGUGUUGAAGGAGGAGUCUUUAAGAAGGCAACAACUUGAAAGUGAACUAGAUAGGCUUAGGGACAAUUUUGAGCAGGAAAAAAGGGUAUUGAAUUCACAGAUUGAAAAAGAGGUUCAUAUAAGGGAAACUACAGUUGAAAGGUUAAAUAUUAGGAAGGAAGAUGAUGUUGCCGCUUUGAAUAUUCAGUUGCAAAAGGCUCUGAAUGAGAAAAAGAACCUCAGGGAUGAAAUAGAUCAAUUAAGAAGUUCUGCCAGGGAAAUUGAGUUGAGUAGGAAAAGGGCAGAAAGGGAUGUUUUGCAGCAGAAAUCAGCUAAUGCUGAAGAAUCCCAGAAGAGGAAGGAACUUGAACUAGAAAUAGAAACGCUCACCAAGUUUAAAACUGAGGAAACUCUGAGGUUUAAAUCAUUUCAGGAGGAUACCUCCAAGGCUAUCCAUGACAAAGCCAAGGAGAUUGAAAGGCUAAAGAUCUUGCUAGAGGAAGAAAUAAAUAAGCGGAAGCAUUUGGAAAACGAGAAUGAUGAAUUGAAAAAAGUACAAACAAAUUUUCAGAAAAAUGAAGCUGAAAAUCUUACUAAAAUUAAAACCACAGAGCAAGAGUUUACAAUUAUAAAGGUGGAACGUGAUAGAAUAUCUAGAGAAAAGGCUGGUUUGGAAAAUGAAAUUGCACGCCUGCAGAACAGUUUAAGGGAUGCAAACAAUACAAAAUAUAAGGUAGAUGAGGAACUGAAACAGCUAAGGAAGAAUCUAAAUGAGGAGAGUGCAAGGAGAAGCAGUGCUGAAGAGAAGUUUAAAAACCUUGAACAAAAGUGCAGGGAACAUACAAGUUCAAUUACGCGGCUUACCCAUCAGAUUGAAGAAAUCACAAUCAUGAAGAAGAUGGUGGAGAAUGAUCUCUCCGAGCAACGGAAUGCUUUGGACCAGCAACGCAAAGAGAAGGCUAUCAGCACAGAUGAGUUAAAUAGGUUGUACACUGAUGUAGAAGCACUGCGUCGCCAGUUGAAUCAAGAGAAAGAGAACGUGAGACAGGCUCAUCAGAGAAAUGAGGGCUUGCAGAAAACAAUUGAAGAGAAAAGCAAGGCUUUGAACGAAAGCAUAAGUGAAAUCGAUAGGCUGCGUUCCGUGGUCGAAAAUCUCACGAAAGAACGACUGAAGUUGGAAGAAGCAUUGAGAAACUUGAGGACAGAAUUUGAUGAUUUCUGCAGAAGCCAAAAUGAAACUGAGGGUGAGAAGUCGCAAACCAUCUCUGAGCUCAGGAUUCAACUUGAGCUGUCUAACAAAAGAACAACUGACCUUCAAGAGCUAAUUAUUGAAUUAAAGAAUGAGAGGGAAAAAUUGAAACUGGAAGUUGAAUCAUUCCAAAAGCAAGCUCUGGAGGCAACCAAUAUGAUUAAGCAGACACAUACUGCUCAUAAAGACAUUUUGCAAGAAAAAGAAUCCCUGCUGCUGAAGAUCAAACUCCUGGAACAGGAUAAGGCAAGGCUUCAGCAUUAUGAAGAUGAACUAAGUAGAGUAAAGGCACGCUUUGAAGCUGAGUCCCGCAUGAAGCAGCGACUUCAGGAUGAAGUCGAUAUCAUCAGAAAUGACAUAAGCUACUGGAAGAAUCAGGCGGAAAUGCAACAGUUAGAAAAGGGCAAAUCAAGUAGUGAGUAUGAGCGUUUGAAAGCUGAGCUAGAUAGACUGCAAGCAGAACUGAGAGCAACUGAAGAAAGAUACAGGCGGAAGCUUGAGGAUAGUGAAAGAGCGAAGAGGAUGGAGCUGGAAGCACUCCAAGCCAAAACAAAAUUAGAAAUUGAAAAGCUCAGUCAGACACCACCAACUUUCAACAAACAGACUCAAACAGGUGAUAUGGUUGUGGUUGAUUCUGCAAAACUUCUGUUUGAUGGAAUCCGUAAAAAGGUUACAGCAACCCAGUUGUAUGAUUGCCAGCUAAUUGAUAAAUCAACUUUAGAUAAGCUGCUGAGGGGUGAAAGAACAUUGAUGGAUGUUUCAAACGACAUUAAUGUGCAUCUUCAUGGGUUGGAGAGUAUAGCUGGAGUCUAUUCACCAUCAAAUGGAAAAAAGCUGUCACUAUCUGAAGCUGCAAAAGAGAAUAUCAUUAGUCCUGAUGAGGCUAUAUCACUUUUGGAAGCACAGGCAGCUACCGGAUUCAUCAUUGAUCCACAGAGAAACAAAAGGAUGACUGUGGAUGAAGCUGUUGCAACAGGCCUUGUGGAUUAUAAAGACAGAGACAAACUCCUGGUAGCAGAAAAGGCUGUAACUGGAUUUAAAGACCCGUUCACAGGAAAGGUUAUCUCACUAUUUGAAGCAAUGAAAAAAAAUAUUGUUGAUAAAGUGACAGGCCUUCGCUUGUUACAGGCACAGAUUGCAGCAGGUGGAAUAGUUGAUUCAGUUAACAGUGUGUAUUUGCCAAAAGAGCUGGCAUAUAAACGUGGGCUGGUUGAUGCAGAAAUGUAUCAAAGGCUUACGUCUCCUUUUGACGAAUCAAAAAUCUUUGUUGAUCCAAACACAGAUUCCAAAGUUUCCUAUCAGCAGCUGAAAUUAAACUGCAGAACAGAUCCUGGAACAGAUUUAUUACUUUUGCCUGUGCAAAAGUCAGAAAUAGAAUUACCAGGAAUCAGAGCAUCUGUUCCACUGCAGGAUCUUGUAAAUGCCCAGAUUAUAGAUAAAAAAACAGUAGACCAUCUUUCACAUGGACUGCUCACAAUAGAUGAUGUUGCUGCCCAGUACAAGGGCUACCUGCAAGGUGACAGUUGUAUUGCAGGAGUGUUUGUUGAAGCCACACAGGAAACACUGCCAAUCUAUCAAGCCAUGAGGAAGGGCUUGAUUAGACAAGGCACGGCCCUUGAGCUACUAGAAGCCCAGGCAGCCACAGGUCAUGUAAUUGAUCCAGUUAAUAACCAAAAGCUGACUGUUGAGGAAGCUGCUGCAAAGAAACUCAUCGGUGUGGAGUUCAAAAUGAAACUACUUUCAGCAGAAAGGGCUGUUACUGGUUACAAGGAUCCUGAAACUGGGAAAACCAUCUCGUUGUUUCAGGCAAUGCAAAAAGACUUGAUUGAACACAAUCAUGGUAUUCGCUUACUUGAAGCCCAAAUUGCCACUGGUGGAAUUAUUGAUCCAAUGCACAGCCAUCGCUUGCCAGUUGAUGUUGCUUACAAGCGUAAUUACUUCAAUGAAGAAUUGAAUGAAAUUUUAAUUGAUCCCAGUGAUGACACCAAAGGCUUCUUUGAUCCCAACACAGAAGAGAAUUUGACCUAUCUUCAAUUAAAGGAUCGGUGCAUUACUGAUAAAGUCACAGGACUUUGUUUAUUGCCUCUAAAACAGAAGAAAAAGGAGCCUACAACUUCAAGAUCAUCUGCAGUAAGAAAGCGUAGAGUGGUCGUUGUGGAUCCUGAAACAGAGCGAGAAAUGUCAGUACGCGAGGCAUAUCACAAAGACCUGAUAGAUUAUGAGACUUUCCUUGAACUUUCUGAACAGGAGGCAGAGUGGGAAGAGAUAACAAUUAAAGGAUCAGAUGGAAGUACCAAAACAGUGGUUGUUGACAGGAAAACUGGAAAUCAGUAUGACAUUGAAGAGUCAUUACAGAAAGGCAUAAUUGAUAAGAAGAGUUUUGACGACUAUCGGGCUGGAACUCUGACACUCUCACAGUUUGUGGAUUUGUUUACUGAUAAGGAUAAUCUUAGUGCAUCUAAAGUGAGCAGUGUAAUGAACAGUAGUCCAAUUCGAUCACCAGGUUUAAAACAACCUUUUGAUUCUUUGGAGGAUUCUUCUCCCAUUGCCGCCAUCUUUGAUGUUGAAACACUGGAAAAAAUAACAAUUUCUGAAGCCAUGCGUCGCAAUAUUGUUGACACAAUUACAGGGCAGAGGCUACUAGAAGCUCAGGCCUGUACAGGAGGUAUAAUAAAUCCUGGAACUGGUCAGAAACUAUCCAUUCAAGAUGCUAUAUAUCAACGUAUCAUUGAUGAAGAGAUGGGAAAGCGGUUAAAGCCAGCCCAGAAAGCUUAUGUCGGUUUUGACGAUGUGAAGAACAAGAAAAGACUCUCUGCAGCAGAAGCGAUGCAAGAGAAUUGGCUGCCACAUGAAGCUGGGCAACGUUUCCUCGAGUACCAGUGUGCUACAGGUGGACUUGUUGUGCCAAACUUUGCAGGACGAAUUACCAUUGAUGAAGCAGUAAGGAGAGGCUUGGUUAAUGCCAAAUCAGCUCAGAAACUGCAGGAUAGCAGCAGUUACUCAAAAUGUAUGACGUGUCCCAAAACAAAAUUGAAGAUUUCAUAUAAGGAGGCAGUAGAUCGUUCAAUGGUUGAAGACAAGACAGGCCUACGGCUGUUAGAAGCGACAUCGUUUUCUACCAAAGGAAUUAAUAGUGCAUACAAUACAGGUGGUUUCUCUGGACCAAAUUCCCGACCAGGUUCCCGCUCAGGUUCCCGUUCAAGCUCAAGAAGUGGGUCAAGACGAGGAAGUUUUGAUGCCAGCUCUUCUAUUUUAACUAGUAGUCAUAUAACCAUUAAAUCCUCCUCUAUUACACAUUAAUCAUUUGUUACUAGUAUCCAAGUGUGGUAGUUUUUGAAAUGUGUGGAAGAUCCAAAUUUAUAUUCUUUUCAAAUGCUUUCAAAUAUAGUUGAUUCAUACAUUGGUGCCCUGUUAAGAUCAUUAUCAAAAUCAGAAUCGGAAUCACUUUAUUGCCAGUAUGUAAAAUGUAUCAGAAUUGAUCAUGGUUCGGUGUCAAGCACAAAACACAGGACAACAGACAACACCAUUGAAACCAACAGUUUACCAGGACAGCAGUGCAAACAGUCAUGAGCAAUCAACAAUUAGCAGAAACGUCAAUAAUCAAACUUGUGUAAAUGUGAACGUGGGCUCAAUCAUUCUCAACAGGAGGAGGAGAGCAGAAAGGACCAUUUAACAGAUGUUGUGCAGGAACAAUUGGGUUAUUACACCUGAAUGAGUUUUGUUGAAAGGCUGGAUAGCUCCAGGAAAGAAACUUCAGAGAAGACGUGUAGUCAUGGUGAUGAUCGACUUGUAGCAUUCUCCCUGUUGGCAAAUUGGUGAAAAGGUAAUUGCUGUAGCCUGGAUGGAGUCGGCAGUAUUUUUUUCAGCUCUUCACUCUGGCCAUGAACAUGUCUAGUAGCUGACAGCCAAUGAUCUUCUCCAGUGAGUGGACCAAUCACUGUAGCCUGGACUUGGAGAGGAGGAGGUGGUGGGAGACCAAACGGUGAUGGAGAUGGUCACAGCACUCUUCGUGAUGAGAGUUAAAAUUCAUCAGGAUAUGCCUGGAGAUUCUAAGUUUACCAAGCUGGCGUAGGAAGAACAAUUGCCACUGGGUGUACUUGUUCCACUUCAAUGUAUUGGUAAUGGUAGUUCCCAAGAAUUUGAAUGACUCAACCACAAACACGGCCUGACCAUUUAUUUCCAAGAUGGGUGGUGGGGCUGGUAGGGAGUUGUCGCUGAAAGUUAAUCCUCAUUUCCACUGUCUUGAUAGCACCAAGUUCCAAUUUGUUACGAGCACAACCUGCUGCAAAAUGGGUCUACCUCUCUUUGAUAGUAAGUCCCAUCAUUAUUAGAGGUGAGACCAACUACAGUUGAGUCAUAUACAAACUGUAGAAUUUUCAUGGAUUUGUGAAGGUACAGUUUAUGGGAAAUGUUAACCAGAAUUACAAUUGAAUAACCAAAUCCAAAGGUUACUGAUAUAAUGAGAAAUUCAACUUGUAACCCUUUCCAGAAGAGACUGCUUUUUCAGUUAAUACUGUACAACAGUUUUAAAGUUGUAAAGGAUUGUGCCAAUAGAGUGAGCUGUUAAAUAUGUCAAUUCUUUGGAGGGUUUUUAUUGUAUAGAGCUAAUUGUGGUUUCAGUUUGUUUCACACUAAAUUUUCUAUAGAUUAAAAACUAAUUGAUCUUAACUUGGCUCCAUUGUAAUUAUGUAAUCUUAUACUUAUGGGAUGUUUUAGCAGGUGCAAAGGAAAUUAUACUUUUUCUAAUGUUUUGAUGAAUAUUCAGUACAUAGCCAAAAAAAUCUGUUAAUAAAAAAAUAUUUGUUUAAAGCUU